AUGAGCCUACCGAGCUUCCUCAUAGACCGACGACCGAAACCCAGGUGGCCAUACGAUGGUGCUUUAACACGACCCAGUAAACUCUCACAAUCACCUUCUUCAAGUCCAACACCUUCACAAGCCGGCCAACCACGUCAAGAGCAAAGCACGGAAUUGGUUCCUGAAAAGAAGGAAGAGAAGGGACUUGAUACUGGCCGCAGAGUGCCCGUUCCUCUCCGAGUCAUUCCUAAAGCCGACCUGAAUCACAACCUGAAACUGUCCCCGAGAGAAAGACUACACAUCGAGGUCCUGACCAGACAACUACCGAAAAACAACCAAGAAAAGAAGCUCUACCGCGAAAGAUUACAAGUGUACCAUCUGGGCUCUCUUAAAGAAAGGUCAAUGGCUUUCCUGAAAGUCGCUGCAAUUGCCUCAGCUGCCCUCACUACUUUCGUCGUUGCGCCUGCUUUCCUCAAAGCUGGCUCUGCUCUCUGGUAUGUGGCUACAAUGUGGGGAACCGGCUUCGUGCCUGGCGUCGCCAUCAACUACUGGACCAAGCCAUACGUAACACGCAUCUUCCUCGAACUUCCUCCAAAGGCGAGACAAUCAAGCAAAGCUGCUAUGGAAUAUGCAAGUAACCUACCCAGGGACGCCGAUCUCGAUAUCAGAUACAUGAAGCCAUGGGCUUUGGAAAGCUCCCUCAAAGCCAGGAUCUCAGAAUUGGAGCCCGUCAAGAGUGGUUUCAAACUCCCCGCCGUGAAUCUGAAGCUAGUCGACUACAAGAGCCGCAAAGAAUCUGGCAGCUUUGUGCCGAAAGCCUUCUGGGUUGACAAGAAAUCCGCCACAGGCAAGUUGUCCAAAGAUACUAUUCCAGGUCUUUGGGACAGCCUCUACAAGCAGUUGAUGAGGUCGUCAGAAGACGCUACUGCCACGAAAUGGAAGAAAGCAGCUACCAAACAGCUCAAUACUGCUGUUGCAAGCUAA